UUUCAAUCUAUCUUCUUCUCAUUUCAAUUCAUCCAAGAAAACUAGAAAAGUUUACAGCAAAGAGUAGAUGGCAAUUCAUUUUGCACUUGAGAGAAAAGUGAAGAGAUGAGGAGCUCUGCUGCAGAUGAUGUGAUGAUGGAGAUAGAGGCAAGCAAGCCACAAGGGAAUGGACUUGUGGUGGGAGGUUUGAGCCCUUUGAGUGAGACACUGUGGAAGGAGAAAACCAAUACAGAAUUUGUUGGGGAUGUUUCUGCAAGAUUGACUUGGAAAGAUCUGACAGUAAUGGUUACACUGGGGAAUGGGGAGACUCAAAAUGUUUUGGAAGGACUUACUGGUUAUGCUGAGCCAGGUAGCUUCACUGCCCUUAUGGGUCCUUCUGGUUCUGGCAAAUCUACCCUGCUUGAUGCCCUCUCUGGUCGCCUUGCUGCCAAUGCUUUCCUGUCUGGAACUAUCCUACUCAAUGGUCGUAGAGCAAAGCUCUCUUUUGGUACAGCUGCGUAUGUGACACAAGAUGACAACUUGAUUGGUACUCUGACUGUUCGGGAAACAAUAUCUUAUUCUGCUAGGCUGCGGCUCCCAGAUAAGAUGCCGUGGACUGAGAAGCGAGCAUUGAUAGAGAGCACCAUAGUCGAAAUGGGCCUCCAAGAUUGUGCCGAUACAGUUAUUGGAAAUUGGCACUUGCGUGGAAUCAGUGGUGGAGAAAAGAGGAGGGUAAGCAUUGCCCUUGAGAUCCUGAUGAGGCCUAGAUUGCUUUUCUUAGAUGAGCCAACAAGUGGACUUGACAGUGCUUCAGCUUUCUUCGUAACUCAGACCUUACGCGGUCUAUCUAGAGAUGGAAGGACUGUAAUAGCCUCUAUUCACCAGCCAAGCAGCGAAGUUUUUGAGCUUUUUGAUAGAUUGUACUUGCUUUCUGGAGGGAAGACAGUUUACUUUGGGCAGACUUCAGAAGCCUAUGAGUUUUUUGCGCAAGCUGGCUUUCCAUGUCCUACUCUGAGAAAUCCAUCAGACCACUUCCUUAGAUGCAUAAAUUCAGAUUUUGACAAAGUUAAGGCAACUCUCAAGGGAUCCAUGAAGAUGAGGUUUGAAAGCAAUGAUGAUCCUCUCGAGAAAAUAACAACUGCUGAAGCAAUAAGGACCCUCAUUGAUUGCUAUCGUAGAUCUCAAUAUUGCUACAUUGCAAAAGAAAAAGUUGAGGAAAUGUCCAAAAUAAAAGGAACUGUAUUGGAUUCAGGAGGCAGUCAGGCUAGUUUCUUGAUGCAGGCUUUUACCCUAACCAAGCGGUCUUUUUUGAAUAUGUCAAGAGAUUUUGGUUAUUACUGGCUGAGGUUAGCAAUUUAUAUUGUUGUAACCAUCUGCAUUGGAACCAUCUACUUAAAUGUGGGGACGAGCUACAGUUCGAUCUUGGCAAGGGGUGCUUGUGCUUCUUUUGUCUUUGGCUUCGUGACAUUCAUGUCAAUUGGUGGUUUUCCUUCAUUUGUAGAAGAUAUGAAGGUCUUCCAAAGAGAAAGGUUAAAUGGACAUUAUGGUGUAACUGCAUUUGUCAUCAGCAACACACUAUCUGCCAUGCCAUUUCUGAUAUUGAUCACUUUCAUUUCUGGGACUAUCUGCUACUUCAUGGUCCGUCUUCAUCCUGGAUUCUCACAUUACCUGUUCUUCGUGUUGUGCCUUUAUGCAAGUGUCACUGUUGUUGAGAGCCUGAUGAUGGCUAUAGCAAGCAUUGUCCCUAACUUCCUCAUGGGUAUCAUCACUGGUGCUGGUAUUCAGGGGAUAUUUAUGCUAGUAUCUGGCUACUUCAGACUCCCAAAUGACAUCCCCAAGCCAGUGUGGCGCUAUCCAAUGACUUACAUCAGUUUUCACUUCUGGGCACUACAGGGUCAAUACCAGAAUGAUUUGAAGGGCCUGAUAUUUGACAACCAGACCCCGGACAUGCCCAAAAUUUCUGGAGAAUACAUUCUGGAAUAUGUCUUCCAGAUUGACACAAACAGGUCAAAAUGGGUGGAUCUCAGUGUUAUCUUCAGUAUGAUUAUUAUCUACCGCAUUAUCUUCUUCAUCAUGAUAAAGAUUAACGAGGAUGUUACCCCUUGGAUCCGCGGUUACGUGGCAAGGAGAAGAAUGCUGCAGAAGAAUGGAAAUCAGAAUACAACUGUUGCACCUUAUGGCCUCACUCAAUCCCCAUCCUUGAGGGCAUAUGUGAUGGAUCAUGGGAGUGGUACUAGCAAGAAGUAGAUGAUUAUUGAGAUUCAAGAGCCACUUCUUGCUGGAUACAUCUUUAGUUUUAUAUAUUUCAGUGUUUAUGAUUAUCCGGCUAGAUAAAAGUGAGAAUGGAGUGUCAUGUAUACAAUGCUAUGGAAAAUGAUAGCCAGAGUUUACUGAUUACUGAUUACUGAUAGCCAGUGUUUAUGAUUAUCGUGCAAGAGUUUACUGAUUA